AUGCCUGUCACAGACGCAGAUGCCACAUCCACCGUGAACUUCAUCAGGUCGAUAGUCUGCAGAUUUGGGGUCCCCCAUAACAUCAUCACCGAUAACGGCUCCAACUUUACCGCCGAAGAGUUCCAGGACUACUACGAAGAACAAGGGAUUCGAGUUAGCUACGCAUCGGUGGCACACCCGCAAACCAAUGGACAGGUGGAGAGGGCCAAUGGCCUCGUCACCUGCGGAGUCAAGAAGCGACUAAUGACACCUCUCCAGAGGGCAGCCGAGGCGGUGCUACCAUCAGACGUCCGCCACAACGUGCCACGAGUUGCCUCUUACACAGAAGCCGACUCGGUGGCCGCACUCGAAGAUGAUGUCGUCGCACUCAACAAGGCAAGGGACAUCGCACUCGCCCGCUCAGCUGUCCCAGCAGAGCCUACGAAGCUACCAUAG